AUUCGUGGUGUUCGGUUUGCUAAUCUUGGAGCUCCAUCGGUGCCGGAGCCCAUUGAACAAAACAGAAACAGAAAAAAGCUAACGCAGCUACGCGCUGAUUUUCGAACGUUGUUGACGGCGAUUUUAGGUGGUGCUAUACGACGAUGACGCUUCGUUGGUUGGCGCUGGCAACGGCGCUGCUGGCGGUGGCCACCUGGCCGGAUCCGGGCCAGAGUCUCCCGCAAGGUGCUCCGGAAACCGUGUGCGACACCAUGCUGCCGUUCCACUCCGGCGGCAGUGUGCUGCCCCAGAGCAGCGUGUCGCCCUUCAGUGUGGAGACCUCCUCCACGACUGUCGGCCAAGGUCAGACAAUUCGUGUUGAUCUCACGGGAGUGCCGGCGGGCCUGAGCUUCGGCGGCUACAUGAUCCAGGCGCGCAACCGGAAUCCACCUUACCAGAUUGUGGGUCAGUUCGGUGCUGCCCGCGAUGGAACCAUCAAGCUGAUGAACUGCGAGAACUCGGUGAACAACUCGGCGACGCACAGCAAUGCCGGUGCCAAACAGCAAGUGCUCCUGGAGUGGCAGUCCCCGGUGGACUUCCUCGGCCAGGUGGUCUUCAAUGCCACUAUUGCUCAAUCCUACAACGAAUUCUGGGUGGGUGUCCCCUCCCAGCCCGUCCAGAUAGUCCGACGUGACCUGACGGCUGCUCCACUGCCAACCCAAAGUCCUCCAGCCUCCGCGGGAACAACGCGGGCUCCCUAUGUCCCGCCAAACUAUGUGGCGCCAAGCAAUGUGGCUGCAGCCACCUCUGAUCCCAUCUACAACGGCUGCGGCCAGAGCAAGAACUGCUUCGGCUUCCCCGACGGAUGUGUGUCAUCCAAGACCUGUACCUCCAUUGCGGUGGUGACAGUGCGUGGCGAUAUCUACGAGUUUGAGAUUCAAUCCGGCAGAGGAACCAACGCCGCCUAUGUGGCUGUCGGUCUCUCCGAGGAUCCGAAAAUGGGUGAAGAUCUGACCACCGAGUGUGUGCCCGAGAACGGAAGGGUGAAUCUGUACUCGUCCUACACUUCGGCCACUCCCUAUGCGGCUACGCGAUCAGUUGUGGGUCAGAGCUCUGCUCGGCUGAUGGACGCCUCCCUCGUGGACGGCGUCAUCUACUGCCGGGUGCAACGGGAUGCGGUGACCUCUGUCCAGGGAAAAACCUUCGAUCUGCGCAAUGGCAAGUACCACCUGCUGGUGGCCUCCGGCAGCAGCUUGAAGGAGAACAGCGUGGGCUACCAUGACAUUGGACGUUUGCCAUCGGGAAAUGCCAUCAAUCUGGCGGAGGUGCAGGACCUGAGUGGAUCCAGCAAGCUGCUGGUGCAGCUGCACGGUGCCUUCAUGAUCGCCGCCUGGAUUGGAACCACCUCGCUGGGCAUCAUCUUUGCGCGCUAUUUCAAGCAGACUUGGGUGGGCAGCCAGAGCUGCGGCAAGGACCAGUGGUUCGCCUGGCAUCGUCUCCUCAUGGUCACCACCUGGUCGCUCACGAUAGCAGCCUACGUGCUCAUCUGGGUGGAGUUGAAGCGUGCCGUGUGGCACGCCCACUCGAUCAUUGGGCUGAUUACGGUGAUCCUCUGUUUCCUCCAGCCCAUCGGAGCUCUGUUCCGUCCAGGACCUAAUGACAAGAAUCGCCCGUACUUUAAUUGGGGCCAUUGGCUGGGCGGCAACCUCGCCCACAUUCUGGGAAUUGUGACCAUUUUCUUCUCCGUAAAACUGCCCAAGGCGGAACUUCCCGAGUGGAUGGACUGGAUCCUGGUCAGCUUUGUGGUUGUGCACGUCCUCGUCCAUCUGAUUUUCUCCAUCGGCUUGUGUUUGAAUCAUUGGCAGGUCGCGGGAAUGGCCUCAGAGCGACACCAGAGUCAGCGGGCGAACAACUUCCAAAUGGGUGACCUCUCCCACCACCAUCAGCAUGCCAUGCGGAAUGGCAUGAGCAUGGAAAGAAAAAUGGAUGCGCCGUACGCGGGCAUGCGAAAGGGAUUGCUUGGAGUGUAUGCCGUCGUUCUCGUCCUGUUCGUUGUGGUGCUGAUCCUGCUGGUGGUGCUGGCACCCAUUGAGCAAUAUCUGGGCAAGUCCUAGACACCGAAUCUGGAUGCGGAUGGUGGCACCGUGUGUAACCUGUCCUCCCUCCCCCUCCACCUCCUCCCAAUACUCGUAUCUGUUCUGUGUGCUCCUUGUUUUUAACCUUCCGCCCACGGCUCUGCCCCCGCUCCCCAUAUCCCCUUCCCUCCAGCGUUGUGUUGUUAUGUGUAAUUAGGCGCAAGUAACUUGGGGCGGAGCGUUCAGUACAUGUUAUAUAAUUUAUUAUUAAUAAAGUAAAACAAGCCAACAUAAA